AUGCCCUGGCCGUCUUUUAUACCGUGGUCCAAUUCAUUGAAAACGCGUGCAUGUCGGCAAUUAAUACAUCAUUAUCUAGGUGUAUUUUUCCAAGAAAAACUCUCCCUCGAUCAACUAUCUGUUGAUCUCUUUUCGGGCUGUGGACAAGUCAAAGAUGUGAUCUUAAAUUUGAAUGCUUUAAAUGAAUCACUAACAAAUAAUAAUAUUCCUUUCGAAAUUGUUAAAGCAUACGUUGGCGAAAUCAAUCUUUCGAUUCCAUGGACAUCGCUCCUGAGUGACAAUUCAUUACUCGAUAUCAAAGGUUUAGAGAUAACUAUUCGACCAAAGCAAACCAAUGAUCAAAAUAUGUCCGAUGGAAGUUUUGAAUUAUCAACAAUGUUUAACAGUAUGAAUACCAGUAUGCUAAUAGCUCAAGAAUGUUUGAAAAAUGAGACCGAAGAAGAUACGACAUAUCAAGGAUUAGAGACUUUUGCAGCAACUAUUGAUUCAGUUCUCGCUCGAGUUAAAGUUGAACUAACUGAUACUAUUAUUCGAUUGGAGCAUUUGAUUCAUAACAGUAAUCAAGGCGUUGCACUAGAAAUUCGAAUAAAAAAAUUCAAAUAUUUUGACAGUGAAGCAACAAGUAUUGAUAUGACAGGUCCACUCGAUGCCAAUUCUUUGAUACGUCCGACUGUAUUUACAAAUAAAAACUUCGAAUUGAGUGGUGUAACACUUUUCACUGAUGAAUUUACAAUUCUGACGAACUCAUCGAACAUGACUGAUUCGUCCGAACUGAAUUUAUCGAAUCGUUUAAUUGGAGAGAGUAUGAUGUCCAGUGUAUUAACAAAUAGUUCAUCGUCAAUAAUGACGACAACGUCGAAUGGAUUUUCAAGAAUGGUUGGAUAUGAAACGUUUGAUCCGGUUUUAUGUUUAACAGUUUCGGGAAAACAAGAUAUUCGCCUGAAACUCAAGCAGUCCGAGCAGAUUUUCGGACCGAAAGUGGAAAUCGAAGCACAUUGUGGCUCAGUGAAUUGUUUAUUAACACCAAAACAAUUACAAUCAUUGAUCAUUCUCUUUUCUGCUUAUCAAAAAGCUGCAUUGAAUUCGACGGGUAAUCCGAAUUUGUACAAUACUUCAAGUGCAAAUAAUCGCCCAAUGACUGAAGAAGAUUUCAGACGUAUCGAGCAAAAUUUAGCCGAAGAAGUUCGAAGGAAAAAUUGUCAGAUGGGUUCUCAACAAUAUGACAAUGAUUUCGCCCAUUUUUCUGAUGUUGAGAAUACACCUGAUCCAUCGGACUCAAUGUUCUGUUCGGUAAAAGGAAUGUCAACAAGUAUCGAUUUGGAAUCAUCAUAUACAAGUAGUCGACCAGAUUCCGCGUCAAUAUCAAGUCAUCGUCGUCGUUCGUCGCCUCAUCAUCGUUCAUCGAAUGCAUCAACCGUCGAUAAAGCCCAUUUAAAAGAAACAACAAAACGUUUACUUGAACAAAAUCAAUCGAUCAUCAGUACAAAAUGUCGUUUACAAUUUAAUUUUAUUUCUUUGUGUUUACUCCAUCGUGAUAUUCAAACAAGUUCAAUGUCACUGAAAGACUUUGCUGAUGGAUAUUUUGCGAACAUAGCAACAAUAAACACAUCCGGAAUGCUUGAUGAAAAGCAAAUCUACGAACAUCGAUUGAAAUAUUCGCAAGCAUGUGCGAAAGAUCAUCUUUCAUUGAUUGGAAAGCCUUUGAUUAUUGAUUUUACUCAACAAUCGGCGGAGAAUUGUCUUUGCUUGGAUUUGGAUAUACGUAUCAGUUCAGUUGAUCUAUGCGAAUGUUUGCAAGGAGAAAACACUAAUAUUCAACAGAAAAUCAUCAAUACGAAUCAACAGAUGGUUUUCAAUCGAUUAUUAUCAUUUGUUCGUUCGAAUGAAAGCUCAACAUUCGAUACACCUUCAUCUUUUCAAGUUCCUUACAACGGUAUUCAAUCUUCCAUUCAAAUUUCCAUAACAAAUUUUGACAUUAACGAAACAAAAAAAAAGAGGUCAAACAGUGCAUUCAGUCGUCGCCUAGCUACACUGCAACCUUUCAGUGACAUCAAUAUUCGUUUGGGAACAUGUCAAAUCGAUUUCGAUAUUUCAAUUAUUGAUCGAAUCUAUUCAACGAUCAACGCAUGUCAAGUCAAUAAUUCUCCAGCAACUACAAACUCCAGCUCAUCUUUGACAAUGUUAACAGUCAGUUCUGUUGGUUGUAUUUUGAAUGUUCGAUUUCCAAUUGCGGAUUUACAACCGUUGAAUAAACGUCGACCUUGGUGGAUUCAAGCUGUACAUAAGGAAAUUUUAACAUUUGAUUUAAAGCAAGUUCAAUUUCAAUCAGAUUUCGAUCUCGAUGAAGCAACGGUCUUAACAAUCAACACGGAAGCAAUUCAAGUUUAUUUUAUGACGAGUAUUUAUUCAGAGCGAUCACAUAUUGCUCAAUUAUCGUCUAGUAAUGGCGAAAAUAUCAAAUUAAUUGUAAAUUUAAAUGAUUUGAAAACGUUUUUAACGAAUCAAUUAAAUCCACCGAUGACGGAAACCUUAUUCGAUUCAGUUUUUUGUCGUUUACCAACAAAUGACGAUAAACUUCCAUUGAGAAACAAAAACACUCUGAAUGAUAAUCGGCAAGUUCUCGAAGUUGCUGACGCCGAGACGAUCAAGAAAUUUAUCUCAUCAUGCAGUCAAGAAACGAAGUUAAAUCUUCAUAUUAUCAUCCCAUACAUUUUACUCUACAUCCCAAAUCAAAUGUUUCUUGAAACGAUCUACAAUCGUUUUGUCAAUAAUUUAUUUAUGUGGGAAAGUUCAGCACCAACGACAAGUGAAAAUGUGAAUCGACAAAUGACGAGUUCACUUGGAAACAUUUCCAAUGAUCAAGCAUUUCAGACAUGUCGAUCAUUAAUCAAUCGAUUUCAUAGUCAAUCUUCGGAUGAUGAUCAAGUCCUUUCAGAUGAAGAUGAAGACGAAGAACACGGAAGUGUCACACCAAGAGGCUCGAAAAAGAAAGGUCCACAUAGUUUCGUCUUACAAUUGAACAUACACAAUAUUCAUCUCGCUGCCAAUGCACCAUUAAUUCCGAAAGAAUCACGUACAGCUAAUUCAAAUAUGGGCGAAUUUCGAAUCGAUGGUCAAGGUUUAACACUUGCAAUUGUCGAUGGUUAUCAAGGUGACAUUAAUCUUCAAUAUUUCUGUUUACUUAGCCAUUCAGCAUUACUUUAUCACAACGGUAAUGUUCCAACAUCGAAAUCAAAUGUGCCGUUGAGUGAAGUCGUUAGUCGAUCAUUACCAGAAUUAAUAACACGUUUGCCAGCGAAUGCAUUUCCGAAAUAUAAUAAUAAUGGUACGAUGAUUCGGGCAGCUUUUGAGAUUCGUACAACAGGUGAUCGAGUCGAAGGAAGACAGAAAAUGAUUCGAGGUGCAUUUACAAUCGAAGGAGCGAUGCUGCAUCAGAAGAUUGUACCCAAAGCAGAAAGUUGGUUGCUACAACUUAUUGAGUUAUUCGAUUUAACUGACGAAGAAGUUGUUGGGUACAUUCCAUCGACUUCAUUGGUUGAUUGGCAUUUGGAAUUUCGUCAUUGUGCUGCCCAUUAUCGACCAUUGUAUUUCGAUACGAAAUGUUUCGUCGCCAUCGAUUCGUUAACUUUAACGAAUACAUUUGUUAAAAACAGUAAAACGACUUUACUUGAACUUAAUCUAGAUGAUUGGGCAAUUUAUUUAUCAAAACAAAAACGUGAUCGGUAUCAAAUCGAUCUACUCAAUGAUUAUAUCUCGGUUAUUAACGGUGGAGCAUUCGAAAUCAAAUUAUGUUUUAAUGAGCCAACGGAAGACGUACCAAUGAACGAUCCGUUGGUUGAUAUUCGUAUUGCAUGUAAUAUGAUUCAUAUUCGAACGUGUUCGGACUCUGCAAAUGCUUUGAUUGAGUUAUUAAAGUAUGUUAUAACUGACGGCGAUCUUCAACAACAACAGCAACAAACGAAUGAAAUUAGUCGAAGUAGCACACCGAUUGAGAGAAAACGAAGUGAUCGACCCGUUCGAAUGAUUAGUGAUGAAACAUUGAACAAUGAACAGCUGGCAACGGAUAAUACGUCGAAUCGAAUGUCAUUACUUGAAGAAGCCAUGCAGGAAGAUUUCCAUGAACCAAUGAGUACAUUGAAUGAAUCAGGUAUGGGAUUGAAUCAUUAUGGUGAUGAAUCCAAUCGAAUGACGAACAGUCAUACAUCGGAUGUUGAAUGCGGAUCGGUGUUUUCUUCGUCAACAUAUGGCAAAGAUGAUGAGGAUGACGAUGAUGAUGAAGACUCACCGCCAUUGCAAAAACGAUCGACAACAUAUAGUGGAGAGAAUAAUCGAGAUUUCGAGCUAAUUGAAAGAGACAUUGGAAUGUGUCGACCGCCUGAAAAUGGUUUGUGGGAAGUUCAUGUGUUAGGAAACACGCCAAUACAAAUUCAUGAAAAUCAUUUUGCGAAACCAUUGGAACGUAACGAUAUUCUUAACGCACCAGCACAUUUACCCGUGCCAACAUUGAGAUUCUCCAUUCGACAAAUCUCCAUUGUUUGGCAUAUUUAUGGUGGAAGUGAUUUUACUCAACCGAAACCAAAUGAUAGUCACCAACAACCGGUUCAACUGAAUAUCAACGAAUCUGUUCGAUUUAGUGCAGCUGCAGCUACAGCUUCUACACCUUCCACACAAGAGAAAGUCGGUGGUCGUAUAUACAGUUCUUAUGACACGACACGUUUAGCACGUCAUGAACGAGGUGGCCCUUGCCGAGAUUUACGAACCAGUAUGGAAUUUUCGAUCAGUAAAGCCCGAUGUCAAUAUGAAACCUACGGUGAACAAGAAAAGGCCUCGUCGAGAUUCGUCUUCGCUAUUCAUGAAUUCGAAAUUCGUGAUCGAUUACUGGCAAGAUCUGAAAUCAAUAAAUUUCUAUAUUUAUAUACAACAGAAGCAGCGCCAAGACGAACACAUGCUGAUAUGUUGGUCUUGAAAGUUCUAAAUACGAAACCGGAAGGUUAUUUCAUGAAAACUCCAAAUGAAGAAUUUGAGAACGGACUAAAUCCAAACUCAUCAUCGGAACCAUUAGAAUGUGAAAUUAAGGUUUCAUUACAACCAUUACGAAUCAAUAUCGAUCAAGACACGUUAGUAUUUAUGAGACAAUUUUUUGUUAAUUUAACAAAUUCCACAACGAAUCGCGAAACAUCUGUCCCAAUUCCAGUUACUGAUCAAAACAUCAAUACUGAUUAUCCAUCAUCAUCUUUAGAUUCUGAUCUAAGUACAUCUCCAACCUCACACUAUGCAUCAUCAUCUCCAACAUUAAACACUACACUUGGAGGUGAAUCGACUUCCCCAUCUUCGUCAUCUUCUUCAUCAGUCAAUUCGAAUAUCUUUAUAAAACAUUUCGUUUUCUCACCAGCGUGUCACAUUCGUAUUGAUUAUCAUGGAAAGCUUCGUAACGAACAACUAUUCGAAUCAGGCCCGUUCUUAAACUUAUUGAUCGGCUUGGCUCAACUAGCCAAAGUGGAUAUCUAUUUAAAACGUAUUUCCUACAAACGUGGUCUCUUAGGUUAUGAAAAACUCUUAACCUUUUUAUUAAACGAAUGGUUAAAUGAUAUUCGACCAACUGAUGUUAUCAAAGGCAUUGUGCCGUUAUCGUCCAUAUCACAAAUUAUUCUUGGAAUUAAAGAUUUAUUCUAUUUACCAAUUGAUCAAUAUCGUCGUGAUGGACGAGUUUUACGUGGUAUACAACGCGGUGCAUCAUCAUUUACUACAAGUACAGCUCUGGCAUUGAUUGAACUGAGUAGUCAAGUUGUGCGUUGUGCUCAUUUCGCCGCGCUUCUGUGUUUUGAGUUGGUUUCCUCAUCAACAAUUCCACCAAAUGGACCAUCUUCAUCAGCUCAAGCGAUUAUGGUACGGAAUCAUCCACCGCCGAACGACAUUCGUGAAGGUGUGACUUAUGCAGUGAACGUCAUCCGACAAAGUUUCAAUACAACAUCAAAUCAAUUACGAACAGAAGCACAACUCGGACGACGACGAAAAGGUGUACUCGGAGUUGUCGGAGGUCUACUUAGACAAGUGCCAUCCGUGGCUAUUCAACCGAUUGUUACAACAACUAAAGCAGCGGAAAAUUUUCUUGUUGGCGUUCGAAAUCAAAUCGAUCGAGAUGAAAGAAAUGAUGAUAAAGAAAAAUAUCGAAGUGAACAUAAUUAA